AUGAACACAGCUGACGCAGCAAUGAAAAAAUCCUGCAAGCCCGCGAUGCUGGGGCGCGUGUGGCAUGCCAGUAGGCGCGCUCUGAACCUCGAGCACUCCCCACCGCACCAGUUCGCGUGUUGCCAAUGGCAGACCGGACACAGGCCCGCAACACUAUAUCUCACAUACAGAUGGUUGCUGUUCCUCUCAGUAGUAUCGAUAGCGGCAGCGAGUUUCGCGUGCCAGCGCCUGCCGCGGCUCUACCAGGGGCCCCGAGUGGAGUUGAACUACUUCAAAUGGUUUAUAUACUUCACGAACUGGGGGUUUCUGCUUAUCGCAGUUCAGGCGGGCCUAGCGCUGGCGGUCGUAUACAGAUAUCGAGCGGAGAAAACUUUGGGCAUGACAAGCGACGAUGACGAAAUUCAGCUACCACGGCGCCAGAAAACACCAAUGCUGUGCCGCUUGUACUGGCUAGCCCACAUAGUGGCCACCGACCUGGCCUUUGUUAUCACACUCGUCUAUUGGACUCUAGUCCAUGAUCCGAGGAUACACGAGAUCAACACGCUGAACAUCCUGGUCCACGGCGGCAACUCGGCGGUGAUGCUCUGCGAACUGGCGCUGACCGCUCAUCCCGUGCGGGCGGCGCACGCGCUAUACGGUGCCGGGGCGGGGCUGGCUUACGGCCUUUUCAGCGCCCUCUACUGGGCACUGGGUGGCACUGACCGCCUCGGCCUGCCCGCCAUCUACCCCUCACUCGACUGGAAUAAGCCGGGUUCUGCCUUCGCAUUCGUGGCGCUUUGCGCGGUCGUGAUGAUGUUCGCCCAUGGAGUCGCGACAUUCCUGGCAGCCCUGCGGGGGCGGCUGGCAUCGCGGCUCCGCCCCGCCAGCUCACACUCGGACAGGCUUGCGUUGCCGACGCAU